AUGUCGCAAUCAGCCGUCGACCUCAAGAACCAGGGCAACAAGGCAUUUGCUGCUGGAGAUUGGCCCACAGCGAUCAGUUUCUAUGACAAGGCCAUCGAGGCAGACGCUACCGAGCCCACAUUCUUCACCAACAGAGCCCAGGCAUAUAUCAAGACUGAAGCAUACGGAUAUGCCAUCGCCGACGCUACCAAGGCGAUCGAGCUCAACCCGAAGCUGAUCAAGGUACAAGCCCGCGAAUACCAAAUCCCACAUGCAUACUUCCGCCGCGGCCUCGCCCGUACUGCGAUCUUAAAACCGAAAGAAGCCAUCGAAGACUUCAAAGAGUGCGUCCGGCUAGACCCCAUCAACAAAGAUGCGCGGCUCAAGCUGGAGGAGUGCAAGAAGAUUGUGCGCCAGUUGGCCUUCUUCGCCGCCAUUGAAAUUGGAGAUGAGCCCUCAGCUGCUGAAGGGCUUGACUUGGAAUCCAUGGCUCUUGAGGAGGGCUACGAUGGAGCGGUGCUAGGAAAUGAGAUGACACAAGAAUUUAUCGAUGACAUGAUCGAGAGGUUCAAGACUGGAAAGCUACUUGCCAAGAAAUACGUCUAUCAGAUCCUUAUUGCUGUCAAGAAAAUCGUAUAUGAUGAGGCCACCAUGGUGGAGACGGAAAUUCCCGAGGGCGUCGAACUCACCGUUUGUGGUGAUACCCAUGGCCAGUACUUUGAUCUUAUGGAACUGUUCCGACGAAACGGCCACCCAUCAGAUAAGCAUUGGUACUUGUUCAACGGCGACUUUGUCGACAGAGGAUCCUGGUCCACCGAGAUUGCUCUAUUACUCUACGCCUAUAAGUGGCUGCGGCCCAAGAACUUCUUCUUGAACAGAGGAAACCACGAGACAGAUGAUAUGAACAAGGUAUACGGCUUCGAAGGCGAGUGCAAAGCCAAGUAUAAUGAGAGAAUUUUCAGGUUAUUUUCCGAGAGUUUCUCUGCAUUGGCCCUGGCGACAUUAAUUGGCUCCAAAUAUCUGGUUCUCCACGGCGGUCUGUUCUCUGAUGAUAAGGUCACAUUAGACGACAUUCGAAAGCUGAACCGACACUCGCAACGCCAACCUGGCCAAGCGGGUUUGAUGAUGGAGAUGCUAUGGACUGAUCCUCAGGAGGAGCCCGGCCGGGGGCCCAGCAAGCGAGGAGUCGGCAUGCAAUUCGGACCAGACGUCACCAAGAGGUUUUGCGAGAACAACGGUUUGGAAGCUGUUAUUCGAAGUCACGAAGUGCGCAUGGAUGGCUACGAAGUACAACACGACGGCAAAUGUAUCACGGUCUUCUCUGCUCCGAGAUACUGUGACUCAACGGAGAACAGGGGCGCUUACAUCAACAUCGGACCUGAUUAUAAGCUCCGAUUUGAACAGUUUGAUGCGGUACCACACCCGAACAUUCGGCCGAUGGUGAGCUUCCUUCACCCCUUUCUCUCCCAUUCUCUCUUUCCCUCUCUCCUUCUUGCGAUUGUUUCAAUUGAGUCUAACGGGGCGCUUGACGCCUCCGUCGCUCGUACCUUUCCAGGCAGUAAGCGCGGCAGCAAAUGGGCCAAGGUCAUCUCGAGACUCUUUCACCAACCUUCCAUUCUCCAUCCGCUCAUCGCCACAGCCAUGUCCAGCUUCGUCACCCCCGGCCAGCAGCGCUACAUGCGCGCCUGCAUGGUCUGUUCCAUCGUCAUGACAUACAGCCGCUUCCGCGACGAAGGAUGCCCCAACUGCGAAGAAUUCUUGCACCUCAUCGGCUCGCAGGACCAGAUCGAGAGCUGCACGUCGCAGGUCUUUGAGGGCCUGAUAACGCUGGCCAAUCCCGCCAGGUCAUGGGUCGCCAAGUGGCAGCGUUUGGACGGCUAUGUGCCGGGCGUGUACGCGAUCAAGGUCUCGGGCCAGCUCCCCGACGAGAUUCGGUCAUCACUGGAGGAUGAGUAUAGAAUACAAUACAUUCCGAGGGAUGGCACGCAAACCGAAGCCGAUGCUUAG